AUGAAUCUCAAAAAACAUUUGCAGGUUAUUCUUCUCUCCCCUGUUCGAGGAGCACAAACAAGCCACAGUAGCUCAAGUAUUAGAGAGACAAGUGCUUCCACAGGUAGAUUGUAGUAACACUAGUAUUUUUUAUUUGUCCUCAAAAUGAAUGUUGUUUACGUGAUGUAAAUUAUGUACAGCAUGAUACAGCGUGUUGCAUAAUAUGCAUAUACUACAAUACAUGCACCCUUUCGGAAGGUGCGUCACUUUGGCUAUAGAGCCUGAUUUUUGUGUACGCAACAUUAGUUAAAGCGAAUCACGAAAACGAGAUUCUGUGGCCAAGAUUUCCAGAAGAGUGUAUUGCGAGGGAAAGACGAAUUUUCUAUCUUAUACCACAUAUACAUAGGCGUGAAUGUUGCAUUCAGAAUGUUUAAAGCUAAAUAAAAACGUACACGACAUGUCAAGUUUACUUCGACAGAGCUCAAAAUUAUCGCUUUCAUUUAACUGGCUUAAUAUAUGAUUUCAGAAAGUGGUUUCCUCUAUGGCAACCGCAAUUUUUGAUUGAAAUUUGUUGUUCUGUUUGUAGUGUCUGACCCUACUUUUGGUGAGCAGAAACUCUGUGUGACUGGUCUGAGAGAAACUAUAGGAAAUGCAGUUAUAUUGGUAGGUCAAGUUGGGAACCUACAUUUGCACCAACAUUUGUCGCAAAAUGAAUAUCGUUUGUCAAUACUUUUAGCAAGUCAAUGAUGGUGAGAUGUAUAGGAUGACACUACCUCCAAUGGCAACAGACAAUACAGGUAUAUGAAUUGUGAUAGUUCAACUUCAUAUUUGUAUAUUGUAUUGGCUCGUCUCCUUUCUACUACUGGUAUAAAUCUUCAGUUGGCAUUUAAACCUCAAUCUUUCUCCGUAAUUAUGUUUUUCACAAUAUACUUUGAAGAAAUUAUGGCAAAUGUGAAUAAAUUAAUUGUAAACAUAGUCUAUCAAGAGUUUGUAUAGUCGGGAAACUGGACAGAAGCCAUUGUAUUCUGUUUUUGUCGGAGUUUAUGUUAAUUUGUGCACGGUCACAGUGAUUGAGCUCAUUGUAGUUUCGUAUAAUGAAGUAAUCGUCCAAUAGGGAUAGCUGAGAUGAAAUAACGUAAAACCACGAUGAAUAAUAUUUCAUGAAAUGUUAUUUUUAUAGAGACAAAAUCAAGAAUUUUCCGUGUAUAUGUGUGGUGGGGGUGGGGGAGGGAGCGUAGGGGGUUUUGGUAGAAGUGGCCACGAUAGUGCUCUCCUACAAAUACUUAAGAGGAGAUUUUUUUGUAUGUUAUGUAACAUGCGCUCAAAAGUAAUGCGAUGAUAUACCACUUGAGGUUAUGACUAAAUUCAAAACUUUUAUUUUUCGAUACGUUUCUCAAUCUGCAAACAAACUUAAAAAGUAUGUUUAGUGUUUCAUCUGUAAAAUGAUGCUAAAAUGAAGAGAUUUUAGAUGAUACGCCAAAGAGAAAAUGAUGUCUGAAGUUUAGUAAGUUUUGCUUAUAUGGCUGUAAAUGAAUGGCGUCAAUUGUAAAGCAUCAUUGCUAAUUGUAUUUUAAUUGACAAUUUUUGACUAUUAUUUUAUGUUUCUCAACCGGCAGAUGCAUUUAAAAAGGUAGCUAACUCUAUAAACUAGAGAAUAAAGCUAAAACAAAGUAAUUUUGAGAGGAACUCCAAAAUUAUCUUAGGUUUUGAACACUUUUCAUCGCAAAUACGUGACAUUGAAAAAAAUUGCCUCUUAAUCUUCUUCGGAAGAGAAAACCUGUGUUACUAACAUUUCUAUUGUGGUUGUUUAGUGUCUUCGUGUUUGGCAGGACUUCAGCAAGUCUUGAAUGACGAUGUUGCGGCAAAAUUAUUUUUGAAAUACUACCAAUUCACGAAUGGCAGAUCGAAUAGUCAAUAUGACCCAGACGAAGAAUGGCAGAACUUUUGUGAAGCUUUGUGGAAAUUACUGGGGUAUAGAAGUACCGAUGAGGUGGGUAGGGUUCAUCUUGGGAACUGUCUUCAUAAUUUAUAAAGCGGUUGUCAAAAGGCAUCUCCCCAGUAAGUAAAACAAUAAAAGGUCUUGUUUUGGUUUUGUUUCAGUCAUUUACAAGUGUUCCGGCAAAGAAAUGUAAGACUAACUCAGAUGAAGGAGAGGUAAGGAGGAUUAAUGAUUUUAGCUACUUCGGUUUCACCUAUACUUGUACUUUGUUUGAGGCACAUUGAGACGGACCCAACGAUGUUGGCCUAAUACCAUCCAACAAUUUUCGAAUAAUGUUUUAUACUGCCGUUUCUGUCACAGUAUUUUAAAGCAAAGAUUUUCAAUUUUGACAAAUCUUAUCAAUAUUUGUUAUGUUGUUGUCUCAGAGUGUGUCCACGCCAGGUAAGCUGAAACGUUUGUUUGACCGCCGUGGGAAUCAAACCCGCGACCUUUGGUUUGCUAGUCCAAUGCUUUACCAACUGAGAGCUACGAGGUCAAAUCAGCUCGAGUGGGUGGUAUUUCGGAACUCAGUCUAGCAGCUGAGAGCUAAGCUGAAUUGCGAAGGCCGCAGCUCAACCUGAUCGAGUCGAAGGCUUGAGCCAGGCAUGAGCCAUAUAAUAUAGGGCGCAUUUGGCUGCCACCUUAUAUGGCUCAUGUCAAUCUCGUUCCCCGAACCUGCGAUCCUCGGCAAGGAACGCGAGGCUCUGGGAUAAUCCGUUGCCGGAAGCCAGGAAUCCUGGCUAGGAUUGAACUACGCAUUCCAUAUCAACGGCCAAUCAGAUUCCUCCCUGAAACGGAUUAUCCCAGAGCCUCACGUUCCUCCCCGAGGAUCGCAGGCUCGGGGAACGAGAUUGGGCUCAUGUCUGAUCACGGAGCACAGUUACCGUGGAUGGGUCAGUAUAAUAUAUAUAUUAGAUAUUGGCCAUCAUCUGCAACACGAAAGCACUUAGUUGAAACCACAAUAUUUUACAACAUUUUUCCUUACAUAGGACGCGUGGCAAUUUCUCCUGGAUACAAUGGAUAGUUCUUCUGGGGAUUUCAAAUUUCUCAGCGAUGCUGGUUUCUCAAUACCUACUCGUCAUGAGGCGCCUGUGACAGAAAGUGCUGAGUCAGCAAGUUCGUGGGACAGCAAUGCAUUACUGUAUCAAUAUAUACCAAGCGUCGUGUUUGUUUUACAUCUUGUUCACGAGGUGAGUAUAUACUCAUGUAGUCUUAUGUGUAAUGUGGCUUAUUUUAAAAAGCUGAACUAAACUAACAUUAUUUAUACAGGAUAGCUCUAUCAGUUCUAAACUGUUCUCUCUAGAGGUCCAUUAAGGCCAUCCAUGCAUUAUUGAUCCAGUGUUACUACAGGAGAAAACCUCAACUAAACGAACUUUUUACUGGAUAACUAUUAGUUCUAAACUGUUCUAUACCUAGAGGUCCAGUAAACUUGUCCAUUAUUUACCCAGUGUUACUACGGGAGGAAGCCUGAACUAAACUAACUUCAUAUAUAUUUACACGACAUGGAUAGCUCUAUUAGUUCGGAAAAUAAAGGCUACCGGUGUUCGGACAUUUUCCGACCAAAUUACAGUUUGUCCGACCAAAUGCUAAAUUAGUUGGAUAUUUUGUCGACGGACAAGAAAUUUCAAUCCGUGCAUGUUCUUUAAAGAUUGGGUUAACCAAAUAUACUGCGUCUGAGUGUCUAAACUACAUGUUGUAUAUUCUCUAAUAGAACUUGAAACUGAGCACUCUAACGUGGCAUGCUGCUGAAUAUUUGGGUAAUUUUCUUCUGAAUUUAACAAGGUAUGUAAAACUGUAAUUUUUUAAACCAUUUCUUGUGUCGUGCAUUAACAUAAAGUGCCAUGUUUUCCAGUACCAUAUACGAGCAGAUAUACCAUUGAACGUUGCCGUAAAGCAUUUAUUUGUAUUUAUUUUACCAGGACAAUUGGGUGGGAUCAAUAUGUGGAAUAUUACAAGAAAGAAUAUCCGCAGUUUUACAAGGAGCCUUGUGCUGUACUUAAACCUGAAGGUAAAGUGAAUCUGGUGAUUCUACACCCUAUAUAAGACCAUCCUGGUUAAAAAUUUCCAGGUUAAUCUAAAAUUAACUCUGGUUGGGGUAACUUAAUGUUAGGGUUGGGCGAUAUUAAAAAAAUUAUCUCACGAUUAUUGGCAAGGAAAUUAUCACGAUAUUCGAUAAUAUCGCGAUAAAUGCAAUAAAAACAAUCACCACAUUUUUCAGUUUUAAUUAAUAUCAUUGUAUAGUAAGCUUAUAUAUAAUCUUUUUAAAAACAAGUAAAACAACAAUAAGAGGCUUUUUCUAGUCUAAUAUUUACUGUUCAUAAACCAGAACUGUCUAUGCAGUGUCUACUGUGUCUCUGCUGGCACAAAUGCUGUGGCCACACAGCGCAAGCAAAGCCUGGAAUUCCAUUGUUCAGCAGAUUAAUACAUAAAUAUUAGCUUUUGUAUCGUAUUAAAUUCGUAUUUAAUUCAGGAAAUAGUUGUAAUUCUUUUAAACACUAUAUUUUCUAGGGAAUUGAAAGAAUUUUUUAGGAUUUUAUAACACACACAUGUGAAGCAAUAUCACGAUAGUCAUCGAGCAUGACGAUAAUUUCGAUAUAUCGUCGCUCAAGUUUCUACCUUCGAUACGAUAAUCGUGAUUGAAAAUAUCGCGAUAAAUCGAAAUAUCGCCCAACCCUACUUAAUGUUCCUGGUUAAAUUUCCUGGUUAAUUUAACCACAGUCCUUGUUACCUUGGUCAUAGUCCUGGCUAAUUUAACCAGGUUAAUUUAACUAACCAGAGUAUAUUAGAUGGAUUGGUAACCAAGAAUUCCAGGUUAAUACAUAUACGCGUGCUUUAAUUAAAUAGUACUUGUAAUAGUAUGGUUUCGAGUGCAAUUUGGAUAAAACAUACACAAGUGAGUUUUUCAAAGACUAUCAAAAUAGCAGGAGGCCGAAGGACGAAUGCAAUUUGACGUCUUUGAAGAACUCAAGAGUGUAUAUUUUUCCAAAUUGCACGAGAAAAUAUACUAUUACUUAUCAAUAAUAUACAUGAAAAUGGUCCAAUUCAUUCAUAAUUUACACUCUAUAUAAUUUUAUAUUUUUGUUGCUUUUAGAACAACUAUCAAAGGAUCAAAUUUUUUUCCCAACAUUCAUCACACAAGAUCCACCGAACAUUUAUCAUUGGUUAAUGGAAUGUUUGAAAGGAAAUAAGGU